CUAGCGCUGUUGAGGACUGAGUGACGGAGGAGCCUGGAGGAAGUAAAUUCUGAGGGGUCCUGAGAAGCAAUGGCCACAGAAGCCCCUGUGAAGCUAGCAGCACUCAAACGCAGCACUGCGGCCGGCACCUCAGCUGACAGCUUUGUCUGGCAGCCCAGCUCACUCAGGAUGCACGUCAUCAGGCCCAAGUCUGCCAAGGGCCGGAAGCGGACGAAUCUGCACAGACCACAAGGCAUGGGAGAUGGCUCUCCUCGAGUACUGUCCUCUUCGCCUCCGCCACGCUCCUCUGGGUCGCCAAGCAGCCAGAAGCCAGGAGCCUCUGCAGCUGCCUCUCUGUCUCAGGGAGCCCCUGAUGAGAUGCCAGAGCUGCUGCAGCAGGCACCCAUCGGGACCGCCUCGUCUCUCAAUAGGUACCCAGUCCUCCCGUCCAUCAACAGAAGGAACCUGGAGGAGGGGGCUGUGGACACAGUGGCCAGCAAGGCCAGUUCUCUGCAGCUGGGCAACGUCCAGGCCCUUUACCAAGAGGAGGCCUGCACCACUCUAAAGUCAAGCCAGAAAGACUCCAGAGCCCAAGUCUGUGCCUUAGAGAAGAAAUUCAUCACCCGAACCAAGAGGCAGAGUUCCGCCAGGGCCUCAAACUUGGAGGAACCAUCAGACCAAGAGCCAAGACUGCUGCUGGCUGUCAGGUCACCCUCAGGCCAAAGGUUUGUGCGCUACUUCAGGCCCAGCGAUGACCUACAGACUGUCCUCACGGUGGCUGAGCAGAAAAACAAAGCCACCUACCAAAACUGCAGCAUCGAAACGAUGGAUGUGCCCAGGAGACGUUUCUCUGACCUCACCAAGUCCCUACAGGAGUGUGGCAUCCUCCAUAAGUCUGUGCUGGGCAUCUCCCAGGAAGAGGGGGAAGGGUUGCCCUGAGUCCCCAGCACUAGGCUGGGGCCCCAGGUCUUUGAGCAAAGAGCAUGUUGGGCGGGCUGAAGCCUCCAACACAGCCUGGUUUCAAGUGCCACAUGAGCCCAGUGCAGCUAAGACCCUAGGGCCUUGUCUGUAUAGCAUGUCUUUGGAGGCAUGGACUCAUCUGCAAACUGGCUGAGCCCCCUGGGAAACUCCUCUCUAGCCCCACAUUCUUUCUGGCCACCACAGGGAAGUUCUACAGCUUUUCCUAGACAUGGCUGCGGCCAAGACUUUUCUCUUCCACAGCUGCCUCCUUCCAGAACUGGUUCUUCCUGGAGCACCGGCUGCCGGCACAGUGAACUCUGGGUCUCUGAAAGCCAACACCUUGCCUUUCUGGGAUAAACUCUUCCCAGAGAGGAUUCUAGUCUAGUAAAUAACCAGGGUUUGGGAAUUAUGGCGCUGACAUUGGCAUUUCUUGCAACAUCGUAAGGAAGAGGCUGAUGAUCCUGUGUUUGGAAGCAGCCUUUCUUCUGAGCUGCAGGAGCAGAUAUCCCUGGGGAGGCUUGCUGGUGUAAGGUGACAGCAGAAGGGAGAACUGUCUUCUGUUGUCACAAGUCCCCCACCACACCCACAUUACUGAAACGUCUUAGAACUAGCCAGGAUAAAUUGCCUCUAUGGUCAUGGACAAGCCAGGGCUACUUCUGAACGGUCUGACAAAUAGUGCUUCUUGGUAGAGCCUGUCUAUGGGCAGAAUUCUUCCAACAAUGAAGUAUAAUGUGCAGUCCUCUCUUGUUUUUAAGAUACACACUGCUACACAUCUGUACAAGUUUGCACUGACAGCCCCUUGGCCUACCUGGGCAUAGGUAAAUUGUUUUAUUUUCCUGGUCUCAGUGUCUCACCCAAGUCAAACAUGGAAGGUCUUUGGUCCAACAUCAAUGCAUCCUGGUCCUCCAUAGGAGAAGGAAGGUGGCUCUUUCCUGUGCUCCUGUUGAGACCAUGCUGAGCAGCUACCUGUCUGGUGUGGAGUGCCCCUGUAUGCCUUAGCCAGAGCUGUCGAAAGCAUUGUAGAGUCUUGUUUUUCCUGGAGACACAGAUCAUUUGCCAAAGUUCUCUUGUAUUGCAGGUUCAGCCAGACACCCACAACUCAUCUGCAUCUCUUUACGGCCAAAUCCCCAGUUGGAGUCAGGAACACUGAGAUGUCCUGGGCACCUUGUCCCCCUCAGAGCACAAGAGCCACAUGGCCUGGGUACUGACUGGCACAUGCCACCACACCCUUAGUUCACAGACAAGGUGCCAUGGAGGAGCUCCCAGAGCAUCCCCAAGUGUUGCUAUUGCUACCUCAGCAGCAGGGGCACCCUGUGCACGGACAGCAGGUACAGGUGUCCCUCCUAGCACAGUGCCCCUUGGUGAAAGCAACAGUUACUCUGGAUGGGCUCCUCCUACCCCAGCCACCUCCCACGCCACACCUCUAGUCUAGGGGAUUGCUGAACACUUGCAAGCUUUUCCAUCCUGCCUAGGUUAGUGGUUCCCUCGAUGGGAAAGGUCAGCUGGGACUGGCCUUGAUGUGGGCAGGCCCAUGCAGCUGGCCCCCUCCUCUGGUCAGUGACCGUGGCAGAAGGUGUUGGUGGCUUGAGUUUGGGUCCCAUCCCCCAGUACAUGUAUUCUGCUUCCCACCGAGCGCUCAGUUCUGCCCCUGAUCUAGGAGCCUAUAAAAAUCACACCUACUCUUUGGUAAGAAUAAAAUCCCACCCACCUGCAGCUUGGUGAUUCCAAGCUGUAGAAUGCUCCAGUGAGAAAUGUAACAUGCUUGAUGAAGAGAGAAAACUGCAUUUAGGGUUUUGCUGCUGCUAUUUGCCUUAGAAUUUGGGGGUGAUGGGGGAAAAGGGGGAAACAUGAAAUAUAGGAAUAUUUUAGGAGACAGGCUUAAAGCUAGAUUUGAGCCAUCAUAAUAAUCUCCUUUUUUUUCUUUUUGAAUAAAAGAUAAUGAUAUGAACAAUAAAAGCUGAUU